AUGAACAUUAUCGACAGUCCCGACCGCGAUGAGCGCGAGCGCGACCAGGCCUGCAAUGAGUGCCGCCGCCGCAAAGCACGAUGCGACAAGACGUUGCCCGAGUGCGGGCCUUGCAAGAAGAAUCGACGGCAUUGUCUGUACGAGCGACAUAGCAAGACGCCACUGACGCGUAAACACCUGACCCAGGUCGAAGAGCAGCUUCGCCGCGUACAAGUGCAAGCCGCCCGGGCAGAGCGACGCGCCCAGCUGGCCGAAGCGCGCCUGCAACAGCUGGAGACGGUCAAUGUUAAUAAUCUACGAAUGCCUAACGAAAGCGAUGCUGCGACCGAUCCGACCGCCCAUGAUGAGCCGCCGAUAGAGGUGCCUCUUGAAGGGCCGCCAUCGGGGCCUGCCGACUUUAGCUGGGACGAACAGACACAGGACAAUGGCCCACCCGAGAUGGAUGCGGACGCUGCGCCCACAAAAACAUCCCAAGCGGAAGACGAGCGGGUGGUGGAUGGCAUGGCCUCGCUGACGGUGGAUGAGAACGAAGCGGGCUAUUUGGGCGUGGCUUCGGGCGCUGCUAUGCUGAGAUUGCUACUUCCUGAUGCGCAGAACGCGUAUCGAAAGGCACCGAAUCUAGCAAGCUCCGUCUCUCAGGCUACACUGUAUAGUGAACACUGCCUAUAUACACCAUUGUGGGACAGUCUCGACUUAGAGCCUGUGGAUCUAGAUGCCGCCAUCCAUGCAUACUUUGGCUUGUACCACAACUCAUACCCACUGGUCGAAGAGCACACUUUCCGAGCCCAGUACGCACAAGUCAUCCCUCGUCCCAGCGGGCGUAGCUGGCAUGCGCUCGCCUUUAUGAUCGCCGCUGUUGGCCAUUUCACGGCAGCAACGGGCCCCACGGACACGGAUCGGAAGCUUUUCCUCGCGGCCAAGUCCAACAUGUCGAUUGACAGCUUAGAGAUGGGCAAUCUCACUCUUGUGCAGACGCUCACUCUCAUGUCCAACUACCUCCAAAAACGGAACAAGCCUAACAGCGGCUACAACUACCUUGGGCUCGCUCUACAUAUGGCCAUGGGCCUCGGACUUCACAAGGAGUUUCAUGACUGGAACAUCUCGCCUCUCAAUAUGGAGAUUCGCAGGCGCGUCUGGUGGACCAUGUUUGUCUUCAACGUGGGCGCAGCCGUCACCUUUGGCCGCCCGCUUGCCUGGCCAAACAAAAACGUCGAAGUACAUCUGCCACUGAAUGUGUCCGACAGGACUCUCACCAACUUGUCGCGGACUCUUCCGGGCGAAGCAGACCAAGUUACUACGUACAGCUCCGUCAUAAUGCAGUCCAAGUUCCACAUGCUGACCAACGACAUCUACACGCGGGUCAUAUCGAUGCCCUUUCCAUCAGCCACUGAACUCGUUCGGCUGGACGACACGUUGAUUAUGAAAUGGGAGUCCUCUGUGCCUGCUUGGUAUCGCCGCGAUGCAUCCAUACCUGCCCGAUUCUCAACUGGCCACGCCAUCAUGUGGUGGCGCGUGAGCAACUUCAGAAUCAUCAUGUACAGGCCAUAUGUGAUGUUUCGCGUACUACAAGCGAGGUCGCAAGACGGUAGCAGCGUCGUCCCAGAUGCCGUUCACGAGGCUUACCAUCGAUGUCUCCGUGAAGCCGAAGGAAGCAUCGUUACAAUUAGCGACUUUUGGGCUUCGUCGCCGCCGACCCGGAUGUCUGCGUGGUAUGCCUUGUAUUUCCUUUUCCAAGCUUCGCUUAUUCCCUGUGUCUGCCUGCGCAACGAGCCCACUUCGCCCAUGUCUGCGAGCUGGCGCUUUCAAAUCAGCCAAACCUUGCGCACUAUGCAGCUUAUGUCGCCAGUCAAUCCAAGCGCGCAAGAAUGUUAUGAUGUGAUUCAACGCCUUUGUGGCCCGUUUUUGCGACCUCAAGCCGCUGCUCAGGAUCAAAAUUUUGUUGCGACGCCGAACGAACCCAUUCUGGGAGAUCCCACAGAAGAGUCUCCACAGACACAGAUCAAUGAUGUGUACGCCAUGAUGUGGCCCGACGCGAAUCACGUCGAAGCCGAUGUGCUCAUGCAAGAGGGGAUUUGGACAGACUUCUUUCCAGGUAUGGCUGAGGCAGUAGAGCGUGGUACUAGUGGACCGAGCGAUGGCAACGAGGUGCAAUUUCCAUGGAGUUGA